AUGUGGCCUUCGAGGCAUGGGCUGGGUGUACAGCUAGGAUAUGGUCUACAAGGCUCUAACUUUCACAGUGGCUCUCUUGACCAAGAAAGACCCUGGAAAUUCGCAAGACAGAGAGAUGGUGGUUUAGCAUUAAGUGAAGUUCGAUUCUCAAAGGAAACUUUAGUACCACCACAAAUCAGUGAUUCUGAAAUAUCUGAUUCCAAAGAUAAUACGUUUAAGUCUGCUUUAAAAGAUGUUCCAUCUGAUAUAAUGGGCCAAAUAUUGAAAAACGAAGAGUUCUUAUCAUCAAAAUAUGUCUAUGAUCCAACUUAUAGUGAAAUGAUUGACUAUCAAAUUCUUCAAAAUAACAAAAAAAGUGAAAUUCAUACACAUUCAGAGGUCAUAGCCUAUGUUUCAGAUCCAACAGGUUGUACCUUGAAUGUUCACAUUAUCCAAAGAACCAAAAAUUUUAUCAUGAGCAAGGAACACAGUUUCGAUUUGUUCAUACCGACGCUUGGAAAAGGUUGUUCUUGGGAAUUUGAUUCACCUAUCAAGCAGAUAAAAAUCCGUCAAGACAGUUCACCCACAGAUUAUCCUCAAGUUUUGAUUAUAAGGACAGCCAACUCUAUAUACUUACUACAACUGAGAAGUAAAAUAACACACAAGGUAGAGUGCAAUUUGAAGUUAAUAGGCACUAUCCACCCAAGUGACUUAUAUGAUGAAAAUUUUGCUUAUGUAAAUACAAGUCCAUUUGAUAAAACACUAUUCUUGAUUGUUGAUGUUAAAGGUAAUUGGGGGUUGGGAAAAAUACGGAAAAUUAAAGUACCAAGAUUUUUAACAAAAGGUAGAAUAUUUGAUCCAGAUGAAGUAUCAAGUUUUAAAAGAAUCAUUUGGUCGAAUCAUCCAGAUAUAAUGUAUGUUAUAGGAAGAACAUACAUUAAACAGUUCAACUUAGAAACACUUGAAAAAAAAGAUAUUGUUUUAGCUGGAAAAUGGUCUGAGAUCAGAGAUUAUAAAAAUUUUACAUAUAAUUUAAACUUUGGGAUAUUGUUGACUUCUAAAGAGUUGAUAUGGAUUGAUAUUGCUAAUGGGUUCAAAAGGGUCCUAUCUUGGAAACAUUAUCUUGAGUCUGAUGACCCAUCAUUAUCAUUGACAGUGAGAACAAUAGGAGACAUCACAUUUGCUUUGAUUCAUAGUCAAGUCCAUCCAAUCGUAUUAAUCCAUCAAUUUAAGAUCGAAGAUGGCUUUCCAACUUCAGUACGUGAUCCAACAAUGGUGAAUUUAGGAAGCAAAGCUCCAGCUUAUGGUUAUACUAUGAUACCAGCAUUUUUCAACGAUAUUAUUGGCUCAGCUCAUGAUGAGAAGUUUUUAGCUCUAACAAUUUUCAAAGUAUCAACACAACUGGAUGUUUCAAGAAUUGUUGUAUCUACUUUAAAUAACUCAUUACUACUCAAGUAUCCAAGUUCACGGGAGUUAAGUAUUAAAGGUCAAGCUGAAGCUCAGUUAGCAGAUGAUAAAGCUUCAAUGAUUAAUAGAAACAUAGAAAAAUUACAAACUUUAACGGAUGAACUAUUUUAUCAGAUUUCAGAAGAUACCACUGAAGACCAAGACGAUGCUGCAGUUUUUCAAGACUUUGCUACAAAACUAAACGUUCAAGAUAAAGAUACUAGAUCACCUUUUACAUUGAUAAACCAUGCUGAGUCGAUUCAAAAUUUUCAAGGAUUUGAAGAAUUUGAUAAUCUUAUGGAACAGUUUCAAGAUCAUUGUCGUCAGAUUAAUCUUGAGCUUCUACCUUUAUCGAAAUUAAAUCAACUAUUAUUGAAGAACAAUACAGAAUCUAUAAGUGAUUUAUUUAAAAAAUUGCUUAAACUUUGGAAUCACAAUAACCCAGAUGAAGAAGACAAGCUAUACACAAAAUACAUUUCAAGGGACUUAGCACUCUCAUCGUCUGUCAUAUACAACCCACAAGAGGAAGAAUCGAAAUCACCAGAAUUGAUUAAUGGAUUGCCUAGAAAACUGAGAGAUAUUGUUGAUAAGUGGGAUGAGGGAUUUGAAGAGCAAGAGGAAGAACAAAUACCAUCGCAGUUUCUUGAAACUCCAGAACCGGUAAUUAAACCAAUCGUCACAGUUUCACAUUCUCAACCCAUCAAUCCUUCCCAGGGGUUAUUGCGGCCAUCUCAAAGAACUCAAUCACUCAUUGCAAAACCACAAUUUCCUUCUUCUCAACAACAAUCACAACCAGCAUCAAGUGUUCCAGCUGCUGCUUCUCAGCCAGUCAAGACCAAAAAGAAAAAGCGCAGAAUUAAAGGUUUUGGAUAA